AACUUAGAUUUGCCUUACCAAUCCAGUACAAUACCGUCCAGUACUAAUGAAACAACAGGAGCGAAUAAAAUAAAAACGUCAAUACUACACGUUUGUUACUCGCUUGAUUAAAACCGUUAUUACCAGCACUACGGAGGAGAGUUAAGGGUAUUGAUAUUAUUAGCUUGCAAUGAUAUGAACUAUUAUAUCGGGGUAUUGUAGAAAAGGAAAACUUGUUGUAAGCUUAUUUUUUAAUCCAGUGCUAACUGAUAACGAGAACAUUGUUAUUCUCAUCAGGUGGUAAUCCUGCUGGAUGGAUUGACAAGGAUUGGAGAGUAUUAAAUUAAUUAUACAAGUGUUAAGUUGUCAGGUAAGAUGAGAUGUCAAAUGGCUCGUGAUCCUUUUAAAUUUGACAUUUCUUAUGGUUUGUUUUACUAAUUGAAGAAAGUUUGUUAUUCUAUAUAUUUACUAUUUUAUGAAAGUACGGGGAAAUACGAGUUGAACAUCGAUGAUGCUAGAAAUAUUCAAUAUAAUUUCCAAACAAAUACAAGGAAAUCUGAGUUGAACCAUUGAUGUUCCUACAAAUAUUCGACAGCAGCUAUAUUUUUAUCCUGCUUUUUGUUUGACUGAUCACGGAAAAUUGAAUUGACGUCACUUGAACACGUGAUGUUUGUUAUCUUUAUUUUUCGUUAUUAAGAACAUAAGCUAAAAUUCAAAAUGACUGAAGACAUAAAAUUUAAAUAACAGUAGCAAUUUCUUAUCCUUUAAAAUUUAUUCAGACUAGUCGUUAGCACGUGGAAAAAUUCACGGGUUCGCCAGUCCUUAAAAUAUCGCAUUUCAUGAUUCUGCAGUACGGCUAAAAAACCGCAGGGAGACAGAAUACUGGUAUUAGUAGAAGAGACUAGCUGUUAACUUGUGGGAGAAACCACUGAUUAUUCCGUCUUCAAAUUAUUUAACUUGUGCGCAGCCAUUUUAGACAUACAAAAUACAAGCAUUGAUAAAGGAGUCUUAAAUCCACGAUUCUUCCUGUCCUCAGAGUUUUGGCUGUCGUUUAGAUUUCCGAUAUCGCUAGUUCAUGCAUCAAUAAAAUUUGUUUGGACGGUUGUUAUUAAUAUAAGUGCAAUUAUAAUGCGGUUUUCGAAUUAUUGACCACCUAGUCUCACAGAAGAAUGCACAGACAUAUUAAGGGUAUUAAUAGGAAACUAGUCGGUAGCCCCUGGGUUAAUCCAGAGGUUCACCGUCCUUUAAAUAUCGCAUUUUGCGUGUCCGUAGCGCAGCUCUAAUGCACAAAGAAAGAACACAGAUAAGAGAUUAACUGACUGUAGUAAUAUUCUUUGUCUUAAAUUUGUAGAAAAAAAAUUCGUGUGAUAAAAAUUUAUAGAAAACAUGACUAUGACGAAAGGUAAGAAACAUGCGAGUGUCGAUACAGCGUAUGAUAAAUUCAGUCGACUUUUCAUGGUGUAUAUGUUGAUCUUGGUCAGUUUUGUGAUGUCCAUCGAGUAUUUCACAAACCGGAUGAAUUGUUCCAUUCCGGAUGAAUUAAUUAAGAAGAAAGACUUUAUCCAUGCUAGCUGUUGGUCAUCCGGACUGUUCAUAUAUGAAGAAAUGACCGGUAAAUCUAAAGACAGUUUUUAUUACGGUAUUCCGAAGAAUUUAAAGCAUGAUGGACUGAAUUUAAUAAACAAGCCAUGCGCUACACAUACAGAAUUAAGUACUAACUCAAAGUGUAAGCCAAUGACAAAGGUUUAUUAUACACAAUAUCAGUGGCUUCCGUUUUACAUCGGGUUAUUGGCUCUGAUAUAUUAUUUACCGUAUCCGAUAUUUAAAAUGGUUAAUCCGGAUCUAAUAAGUCUGCACGCAAUUGUGGAGAGCACAGAAGAGGCUGUUGGGAUAGUUUACAAUUAUUUCAAUUACGAUGUGAACCCGAUUUACCGAUUAAGACUUCGAGUUUGGUUGAAUAUACUCGUGCAAAUGAGUUACAUUGUUGUAAAUGUGUUUUCGUUUUGUUUCACGGGUUACCUCUUAAACGGAAAUUAUGAGGGGUAUGGAAGAAUUUUUUUCAAGACUGGCAAUCAUACUAAAAUAGAAGAAAAUAUAAAUAAACACUCAGGUCAAAUCUUGCUUCCCUCUCGUGGGUUAUGUGAAGUUCGCAGUUUUGAAACAGAGGAUAACAGGCGGGAAAUUCUUCGAUGCGAGGUUCCUGCAAACACGUUAUAUCAAUACACCUUGUUUGUUUUAUGGAAUCUUUUUGUAAUCGGGAUUACCGUUUCAGUAACUGGGUUGGUAACAACGAUCUCAGGAUAUAUAUUUAGAUUUCUUUGUUAUGGCAAAACGGUCACAGUUCGCAGAAUAUUUCGAUACAUGACGUUACGGGAAGUGGAGUAUUUAUUGAUUAUAAAACGGAAGAACAUGUUACUAUAUGGUGACGUCAUAAGAAAAUUAAAAGAUGGUAGAACAGACGCAGAUGGGAAGUUUGUGGAAACGUGCAGCUUAGUAUCGAGUGUUUAAAAAAACUGAAGCAGGCAUAUUUCCAACAAAGGAGAACGACGCCAUUUUUGACUGUGUUUUUUCGCUAAGUAUUUUUCUUAAAGCAUAGUCUUCUCUGCACAAUUUCGGGCGAAUUUAUUGUGAAAAAAGGGCCGAAUAUCAAAUUUUAGCUAUAUUUUCAAAUAGUAUUUAUUCACGAUUGCAGCUCUCAGAUACGGCAAGUGCUUCAGAAAACAUCCAGUCUCUAUUAAACACCCGCUAGUAACGUCCGUUACUAAAGACCUGACUUCAGUACACGUCCGCCCCCAGCGAACGUCCACUAAAAAUAUUAUACAAUCUAAUAAACCAAUAACUGACCAACAUUCAAAACUAAAGUCUGGUUGUUCACCAGACAAAUAUACGUAAGGGUAUAAUUUUCUCAGUUAGAUGUUGAUAAAACUUCUGUUCGUAGCUACUACAUGUACGCUAAAGUUUUGUCGAUAACACUCGAGGAAAGUCUUUACUGAAUUUAGAUAUGAAAUUAUUUUUAAUGCGUUGUGUAAUUUUAUUAUUGAAAAUUUAUUACUUACUUGAAAUUUAAGCAAAUAUUUGCUCUGCCUUAAUUCUAUCUCGCUCCAAUUUUUACAUUUAGGAUCUAACACACUGAAACCUUUCUAUAGCGGACACCAUUGAAAGCCUCAAAAAACCUCCAUUAUAGAAACGCUUUGAGUUUUGAGUCGUUAAACUUCGCCAAGCUUGAAAACUAAAGAUACAAAGCUUUACCAGGCUACCGUGUAAUGUUUACGCAAAAAUGAGCACAAGUCUCUUUCUUUAUCUAUUUAGAACCACUCAUGUAAGCAUUGUAAGAAACUACCGGUAAAACCGAGUGCCGAACGUCAAAUUAACACUUAGUACAGAUAAACGCUGUGGCACAUGUGAGUGGGGGCGCUUAGUACAGAUAAAUGCCGUGGCACAUGUGAGUGUGGGCGUUUAGUACAGAUUUACUAUAUUGCGUACAGCGGUGUUUCUAUGCGUAAUUAUAUAACUAUCCCUAUAACUAAUAAGAAAUACCCUGGCAUUGUCACCUCAUAUCUAAAAUAGUUUUCCAGCUAAUUUCAUUGCGCCGAAUAAGUUUCAGCAUAUCUUUAAAAAUUGAUCUAAGUUAAAAAAUAAUUGCGUAUCAACUCUAGGAAGAUAGAAAGAUCCACUACUGUAAAAUAUAAGAAACUUUAACUUUGUACAAAUUUUAAUUUGGCCUGAUGGAUAGCACUCUGAAAUGAUUUCAUGAUUAGUGUUACAAGAACACAGCGGCUCCUCAUUUCGUUGUUACUCAAUAGUUAAAACUCCUUUCCAUAAUCUUUACUUUCAUCAAACAAGUUUCUGUGAACUCAAAAAUAGAAACCUUCGAAAUUUGUUAAAUCGACGUUUGUUACUCGGCCUAUGCUCCUACCAUAUUGAAAUUUUGUUGUUUGCCCAUUUUGAGAAAGAACUAAAAAAUUGACAUUUCUCCAAUCAUUAUUUCCAAGGCUGUGCGCUUGUGGAUACUUUCACAUUUUUAUCCAGCUAUGUCUGUUGAAGAACAGUCACACACUGAGAGGAAAAAAAUACAUGAACAAAGACAAAAAAAAAACAUAAAUAACUAAGCCCAUCAGAUUCCCACGAUACAAUAAAUGUACAAAAUGUAGCGCAGCCAGAAAUGAAAAGAAAUUAAAAUAUAAACUGCUUACACCAAUUAGCUUUUACAGAUAAAUACAAAUAAAUAACGUAAAAGAAUGUUUACUGGCCAUAUUCCUAUU